AUGCUUGUGCUUGUAUUGUCACCCAUUCAGGAUCGUCCCCAAAUCUGGGAGAGGCUCAUCACCACCGUGCAGGAUAGCAGUGCCACCAUUACCUUCCCCUUGAGUAAGCGCAUGGAUCAAUGCACCGACAACGCCGACCUUUUUGCACACGCUGGAUGCAAUCUGUUUACACAAACACCCGAGAUCAAGAAUUGGUUGGUGGAUUUGUACCCGGACCAGGCGUUUAUUAUCGGGGCGUAUGCCUAUCUUGACGGAGAGCUCCACGUCCGUGUGUCGCUUGCCAUGGACGCCAUCAUCCAGGGUGUAUGUGCUGCUCGUAAGGAUUGCAACUUAGCCUAUCUGAACACCCCCACCCAAGUGUAUGUGGUACCCAAAGAGCCGGCCGUCGAAUCUUUGCGCCGGUACAAGGAAGCCAGUUUCAUCAACAAAUUCUUCGGAUUCAUGAAUGUGGCGUCUGGAGGAAAAUUCUGUAAGCCUCAGAACUACGGGAAGCCAGUUACUAACGCCAAGGGGGAGACCUGCUAUAUAUUCAAUGGAGUCGUAGACCCCCAGGGACCCAACUACGCUCUGGCAAAGAACUUGCAGUUGUGGCGUGCUGUGGUAGAGAAGUCUCGAGGACAUGGAGUGUCGAGUAACAUAGCACCGUCCACAGCCACAGUAUCUGUUGUGAGCAACAAAUCAUUCGCUUGGGCAUACGGCGGCUAUUCGAGCUUUGAGCCCAUGGAGAUCUUCCAGCAGGAGACCUCCAACGCAGUCAUGUGCGCACUGCUUAUUAACGACGUCAGGAACGAAGACUGUAACGCGUCACCAAGCAAGAAACUGGACCACCCAUGGGAUCUGUUCAAGGACGGGUCUUUCCACGGAGGCAUGUGGCGCAUGGGCUACUCCAUGAACAGCACGGGCGAGACUGCUGCUAUAGUAUACUUCCUCGGAAAGCUGGCACCAAUUAUCAUCUCGUUCAUGGUGUGUUUGAUCGCAGUUCUGGCAAUGUACGCAAGGGAUGCCUACUUCAGAUAAGGGAGAAGUGUAUAGAAACAAGUAAUAAAGCUCGGUUAACCCGCUGGCGCACUAAA